AUGGUAAAUGACUGGGAAUGCAUCUGCACCAUUGAUGUUGGAGAAGGAGAAAGACUAGUUGCCAUUUCAUGGAUAGAUACUGGCAUUAAGGUAAAUGUAACACAUGCUGACCCAUCUGUCAAAUUAGGUCAAGGAAGUGCUUGUAGAUAUGACUGACAGAUUCAGAUUAUUUGUUAGAGUGCCUGUACAUGUAGAUGGGCUGCACAAUUAUUAUGAGACCAUUUUGUUCCUAAGAAAAGCUGGUACUGUAACUCAGAGUUUCGUGUUUUGUGAGUGCUUGCCAGUUCUAAAACUACAAAUCUGUUCAAGUUGAGUGCUCAAUUGUCCAUGGCAACCCUGUUAUUUACAAAUUUAAAUCUCCCUAGAAUUGAAUGGAAAAUAUUCAUGAUGAUCAGUUUAGGCAGUUUUCCCCACCCCUCCCUCCCUCUUUCCACCCUUUGUUCUCUGUAACUGGUGCCUGUUUCCCUUUCUUGUGUGGGGGCUCAUGGCUUGGUUGCCAGGAUUUAUUUUACCUGUCAAAUCACAAGCUCAGUUGUCGGGAAAAAACAGACAUUAACAACUUCAGGGUCUUAGAAGCAAAAAUUAACAUCUGCACUUUGCAUGACAAAAUCAAACACAAUCAUGCACUGUAGACAAAAUGGUUUGUUUUUUUUUUUACUUUCUGUAAGAGGUACUUGUAUUUAUGGGCAAUAAAUUUAUCAAAUAUGGAAAAAUGAGUUAUUAUGUAACAUGUGCAAAGCCAAGUGAAAAAAGUUAAUUUCCCAUUUUGGGGGUGGUUUGAUUGGAUAAAUAAGUUCAUAAAUUACUCUUUCUUGUCUGAGUGGCAAAAUUACCCAUCCCAGGAGUUUGGAUGGCCCCUCCUGUCCUGUUUUUCUCUUCUUGCGCUUGAGUUAAAGCAAAAUCUUGUCAAUGUUAUAACUUAUCAUUGAGACAAAUGAAUGAAGAAUAAUCUGCAACUGAAGAAAAUUUUGGGAAGAUUCUUGUGAUUUUUUUUUUUAGCUUUACUUACAUUUGCUUUCAUUAAUAUUUCAUUAGAAUUUGUUUAGCUUGUCUGAAGAUCCUCAGCAUUCUUUCAUGCAGAAGAAUUUGAGUGAUCGCUUCAAGAUAAAUCGAAGCAAGCCUCCUUUAGUUGAGAUUGGUGGUAUGAGAGCCAAGGAUGGCUGGGUGGCCAUUAGUGAGACUGGUCUAGUAAGUUAUACCUAAUGUGUAUGUUAAGGGUUAAAAUCAUUUUAAACAUGUUAAAUGUUUUUUCUCCAACAGUGUCAGAAACACUGCCUUAAUCCAUUUUGCUGUACAUUCAAAAUUAGUUUGAAUUCUUUUGACUUGAAAUUAUUUUAACUUGUGACAUGCCUGUCUCAUUUUCCUUAUUAACAUUUAUGCCCCAACAUCAGUAUGCACAUUCUCCAUCCUGUUUUCUAUACACUUCCAACAGUGAUCAAUAGGUGAAUUUCUAUAACAAUCAAGAGGUUCCUUACUCAGUGAUUAUUUCUUGUAAUAUCUUGGUCUUAUUGUGUGAUUCAGUGGUUCAUAGUAUCAGCCUUUCUAACAUGAAACAUGGAAAACUGGCAUGCAAAAGAUGCUGUCACAGCAGGCUACAUAGCAGCAUUUAAUUCAAACUCUGCCUAUAACACAAGGUUGUUUUUAAAAUAGCCAAUUAAGUAAAUUGGGUUUCCUGUCGAGGUAAUUUCUUUGGAGAAAACACAGCAGUCUUUUCAGCACUCAGAAUAAAUUAUUUAGAAGAAGCUAGAGUUGCUCUUGCCUGUGCCUGGAGUAACUCGUACCCUUCUCUCAUGCUCUUCAAACUUCUUGUUUGCAUCCAUAACUCAAUAGACAUACACUAGGCAGGGUCCAAUUCUUUACUACAUGACCAACAAUGUAGUUUAACCCUGUGACCUCUAUGAGUGACUAGCAUCUAAUUUCUCCUUACAAUAUCACCCCUGAAUCAAAUAUUAAGUUUACAAGAAAAAGCUCUUGAUUGUUAAACAAGUUCUCCUUGUCAGCACUGUUGGAAAUAUAUAAAGAACAGUAUGGAGAAAUUAUUUACUGGUGUUGGAGUGUAAAGGAUUUAAGGUAAAGAUGUUAAUUGGUGAUAUAAAUAUUAUUAUUAUUGUUUCUAAAUGUAUGAGAUGUACAUGGUAUUGUGUAUAAUCUGUAGAUUUGUGUGACCACAAUCAAGCCAGAAGUACAAGUCACAAGGAAAUGCCUGGCACAAGUGCGAUCAAGAGUGGCUGUGGCUGAUCUGGCAUUUUCUAGCAGUAAGUGGACCGUGCAAUUUGAUUUUUUAUGGAGGUAGUUAUGCAGACAAAUAGAUCAUUUUAACUCUUUCAGGCUAUUAUUUUUGUUUGGUUGUUGUUAUUACUAAAUGAAAGUUGUGCAAAAUUACAUUGGGCACCCAUUUACAACAUUUUGUGGUUGGUUAUCCUUUCUUGGAUGUCCAGUGCUUGCACAUGAAUUCCUCACACCAAGAGGUUCCCUCUCAAUUUUUCUCUACUUAUUGCAAAACAACAUUAUAUAUUACUGACAGGUUUUUUGAGAUAUGUCCAGAAAUGCAUGCAGUAAAGAGACUGGUGAAAAUUAGUCAAAAUUGUCAAAUCCGCUGAGCUGACUUUGCUUUGAUAAAUUUGACUAAAAAUUUGUCAAAAUCAUCAAUUCCACUAAGCUGAUUUUGCUUCAACAAAUUUAACUAAAUUUUGUCAAAAUCAUCAAUUCUGCCAAGCUGAUUAUGCUUUGACAAAUUCGACUAUAAUCGUUAGUCAAAAUCAUCAAUUCCGCCUAGCUGAUUUCACUUUGACAAAUUCUAUUAAACUUCACCAAAAUCGUCAAACCAUGAAUAUUCACUCAUUUUGACAAAAUUUCAUCAAAUCUGCCAUUUUUAUUACUGCAUGCAUUUCUGGACAUAAGUGGAUUUUUCAAAGUGUGGAGGCUCUUAAAGACUUUGAUGUAGUAAGCUAUAUUAGAAAUGAACCUUGUACAGCACAAGUGUGGGAUAUUUCUCUUGUUUGAAAUUUCAAAUUCACCUUAAACUGCUUACUGUGACAAUCCAAAUGAUGCAGCAACUCCCUCAGUCCUAUUACCAUGAUUGCAGAUUGAUGAAAUAGAGAAGCCCGUGCAAUAUGAUGUUGUUAAAUCUGAGCACUUGCUGGAACCUACACUGUAUUCUUGUUUAGGACACUUUACUCUCAAAGUUCCUCUUUCAAUCGAAGAGUUCACAAUUUAAUGCAUGUUUGUGAUUUUUAAGAAAAACCUGACAAAGAGUAGAAAGAGUUGUCUGACAGAGAAGGGGAGUAGCCCUUGACACCCAUGCAAAUGUAUCCUGCUUUCGAUACACUGAUACAAGCAUGUUGAUGAUUUAUUAGCACCUCUCAAUGGAGAGGGGGACUGGGUGGGUUCAGGCUGGCCAAAAACACAAAAAAAUUGGCUCCUGUACAUGGGCCUGGAACCAGAAGUUCCUGAAACCAGUUUACCAAUAAGUAGGUCAUUCCAUACCCUAAUAUGGGGAGUUGGGUUCUUCAUAAUUAGAUGUAGGUAUGUGCUCUAUUAUGUGAUAUGGGGCACAUAGGAUGCUUGGAGAAUACUUAAUGAGCUUCUGAUUUCCCUUGCGAUUAGCCAUGUGUAGUCUUUGUUGAGCUACUGCUCAUUUUUCAAACACAUUAAUUUUGAUUAGAGUUACAUGUAGAAACUCAAUGUGGAAAGAAAUUGUGCAAACUUUGGAUAAAAUUUUUUCCACCUUGAAGUACCCUGUUACUUGUAUUUAAAACCAGUGAUAAUUUUUCUGCAGAAGGAAAAGUGAUUGUGGUGGCAAAUGAUGGGGAGCCAUGCAGUGCUGUGCAGUUCUUCAGAGUUUCCUUGUCUGGUGGACCAGGGACAGGUACAUGUAUGUUUAUAUUUGAUAUCACCUGGUACUCAUAAGUUUCAUCUAAAAAUGAAAAAAAAAUGAAAAAAAAGAUGUUCAAAGAAAUCAAAGGUAAAUAAAAUAGGAUCUUAGCAAUGGCACAUUGGGGAGGUGGUUAUUUAUCCUCUGUUCCCAAUUGCAAGUUGAAUGGGAAUUUGGAGUGACUUUUUUUUGUAGGGCAGAAAGCUGAGGAAACUGGUUAGGAGAAAAACCCUUCAAAUCAGGUCUUAUGUGUCUUAUGUGUCCUUUGUUGUCCAAAAGUUCAUGGGAAAAUUCCCACCUGCACUUUGUGUCAUUUUGCCAGAACAAAAGGCAUUGUUUCUUUAAAUUUUCUUUACCAAUCGCAAGUUUGCAAUGAAAAGCUAAGGAAUUUAGUCGAAUUUUGUCAACAGGCAUUUUCAUGACUUUAGCAUAAGACUGUAUGUGGUAUUUGGGCCAAGAAUUUAACCCCUGCACCCUGUUCACCUAAGUGUUUAUAUUUUACUAUGCCCCUAUAAUUUUCUAUGAGGGAAACAAAAGGAACAUUUUUGGUGAUGUUGACUUAGUGAAGCUAAUGAAAUUAAGAUAAACUGUAGGCAUUCACAUCAUAUAUUUACAAGGUAUAGCAAGAGGAAUGGUAAAAGGUAAAAGUACUGUAAUAUUUUUAUACAAAAUGUAUGCCAAAGCAAUCAUGAUCAGGAGCUCACUUUGAGGUGCAUCAAAGUCUAGUUGGAAUAUGGAAUUCUGAUUUAGGGGAGGAAAGCAGAAAUCCUGGAGAAAACUGUCAUAGCAAACAAAAAACAGAAAAGUCAACCCACAAUUUUCAUUAGUUCCAGGUAUUUAUUACUCAACCACAGUAUAGUUAGCAACUUCUCACUGCUGCCUUGUGCCUGCUCCAUAAGUGUUUCAUAUUACACAUGCAGUCUUUGAUAGGAAAUGUUUAAAGUGAAUGACUGAUUAUAUUAGUUUGAUCAUAGUUUUAUUUGUUUCUUUUAGAUGACUGUCAGAUCCAAUCUGAUCCUCUUCCCUGUUUGUUUCCACAUUCACCCACAGAGCCUAAAAAUUGUAAGUUGUGUUAAAAGAAGCCUCUAUCAAUCUAGAUCAUAGAUACCUGUUUUAAGACUGUGUUCAUUGCUAUUUAUUUACUUUAUUGAUAUAUUUAAAAAAUAAGAAUGGCAAAGCACUACUACAUGGCUAACAAUGCAGUACAUUACCCAAAGUCACGCUACUGAUACCUUUUUACAUUGCCAUCCCACUUGUUUCUGUAGUAGUACUACAUUCAGUAGUAGUCAUAGUGGUGUUACUAGUUUAAUGAUAAGAGAGCUCCUUAAACAUCAGAAGCAAUGUUACAUUGCAAAAGGAAAUCUACUGAACCAUGCAAUAUUAGUGCUACCUACAUCAUAAUAUGAUGAUGAUGAAUAAUAAUAAUAAUAAUAAUAAUAAUAAUAAUAAUAAUAAUAAUAAUAAUAUGAUUGAGAAUAUAUAAAAAUUGUAACAUUGUAACAUUAUGUAACAUCAUGAAGUUCCUUAUUACAGUGAAUUUAAUUGAAUAGGCAUUUAUUGAGGAAAAAAUGCUUGAAGCAUUUAGUUUUAACUCUAGGUAAUAUAAAGUUAUGCUUGCGCUCACGGAGUACACGUCUCCUCUUUGGAGGUAGCAAAUCAUGAAAUAAUAUGAUCAUCACUGAUUACAUUCUUAAAAAGCUUAAAGUCCCUGUCUUUAAUUAAGAUUGCGUAAUUGUUACAAACUUUGCAUUGCAAAACUACUGGGACUUCCAAUGCAAUACAGUAAGCCAAUGACAGUAUUAUAAUUUUACAAUGCAUGCUAAUUCAAAAACUAAAAGCAUUUACUCCACGAAACUUCUGCUGCAUAAUUACUUAUCUUAAAUGUCUACUCUGAAAGGAUAGAUUGUAUGUUAGUUGUUGUUUGGUUCUCAGAUCCGGAAUAUCGUGUGAAAAAUAUCCAGUUUUUGUCCAAGCACUCUGGGGAAGCUCUUCUUGUUUGUACAACUGGUAAGAUCUUAGUGCAAUAAAUCUUAGUUUUAAAAGCGCACUCUGUAAACUGCUGUGAGCAGCACCUAAAAAAACAAGCUCCCUACAAUUACCUUCGUCCCAGAUAUUUCUUCUCUCCUAACUUGUAUUGGCAAAGUCGCUCAAUGAUGAAAAUUGUGAGAAAGGAAAGAUUUAAGUCUGUUUUACUCAGCUGCUAUCUGUCAUAUAAUUUGCCUCAACAUUUUAGAGGUCUAUUGAACACCAGUAUGUGAGCUGAAUUCUUCCAUGCUGAACGCUAAAUAAGACGCUGAAACAUUUGAAGCAAAAUUUAAACGUACAGUGCUUCAGAUCAAUCAAGAUUUCAAUGGCUUAAUGUCCCAGUUUACAUUGCCCUCCCACAUGAUAGAUUUCUGUAUUGUAUUCUGACGUGUUAUUACAUAAGUCUUAUUAGAGCGCUUUUCGAGUGAGUGUCGUAAAACCAAAACCAAAGUAAUCAUAAUGACCAAUCAGAAGAAAGGAAAAACCUUUUAAGAGCCAAUGAGAAUUCAGAGUAAAAUCAAGCAACCCGCCUAAAGCGCGGGAAAAUGCGGCGAACAAGUCGUGAUUGGUGUGAGUUUUGCAUCUGAUUGGUUUAGAGUCUGUUGCGAAUUUUCUGGACCAAACACAGAGCGAAGUAAAGACCCCACUCAGUGAAGCAAAACGAAAGCAAUCUGCUCUAUGGGUUAUUUAGUAUUUCAGAGUAAAAUUGCCUUUUCUGGUUAGAUACCAGUAAAGUAAAGCUAUUUUAGAGAGAAGCUUGGCUGAAUGGUGUGGGAGGUACAGUGACCUAUUGGUUGGUGCACUGGAUUCCAACUUGAAUAGUCCGGAUUUGAGCCUUGGAUAAGUCGCUGUGUUGUGACUUUAGACAAGACAAUGUUGGAUUUGGGGAAUCACAUGAAAACUGACAACCAAUUAACUGCUAAUUCGAGAGUUAAUUUCAUCGUGACACACCAAAAUCCACCGACCGACCUCCCCCCUCCCCUCUCCCCCCUCAGUGUAAACAAAAAAUCCUCGUAAGUAACCAUUUUUCUUUCCAUUUUGGCUGCCUGGUUGUUGUAAGCUUUGUAUUCGUCUUCAAAUUUCAGGGCCGUUUGGGAGUUGCAUCAAACGAUGGGAAAUGAAGAAGGAAGUCAUACAACUACAUGAAAGAUUUCAACAAGAAAUUAGUCAUCCACGUGGAGGCAAUUACAGUAUAUAUGUAAGUAAGAAAGGUUAAAACAAGUCGCAAAAGGUCAUUUGCAAAGGCUCCUCUCUCUUCUAUAAGCCGUCCUCUUUUCUCCCUCAAACAAGAACAUAGACAUGCAAACACUUUGGAAAACAAUAAUACUAUUACUGUAAAUAGUUUGAAGCCGUGGGUGAUAUAACAUGUGAGAGUGUAGUCUGAUCGUCCAGGUGAGUGUAGUCCUGAGAAGGACUGUUGUCGGUAGUGGUGACUGACGUUUCGACAACCUGAGCGGAAGCCAUCAUCAGAGUCAAGUGAAUAGUUGUUAUCAGUCGAAAGUUCUAAGUCCGUUCCGUAUGAAGUGAUUGGUCAGUUCUGCCCUAAUGUUAUUGGCUGUAAGACUCAAGUGACGUAGGUCGGUCGACUAAUCCUUCUCAGGACUACAAUCACCCGGACGAUCAGACUACACUGUCACAAUAAUCCUAGCAUUAUGAAAUAUUGUUUUACAAGCAAAGGAGUGUAUGCCAUGUACGUUCUUCAUUCGAGCUGAGCUUAUAGUGGGGCUCUUAAUGAGUUUUUAAUGAGCCCAUGACGGGUGGCCCUGCAAACUUGUCACCCUUCCCUCCCUGGUCACUCUUGGGAGUGAAAGUGUUAACCCUCCAUGCUGCACGUCGCUUUGUUCUUUCCUCUUUGAAAUUCAUCCUAUCUUACCAAAUAAAAUAUUUAGCAGUUUCCCUUAGGUGGGACGUAAUUAUAUUCGUUGAAUUUCUUUGUUUGAAUGAUUCAGGAAUGGAAAAAUGUAAAUACUUACGAUGAUUCAGCAAAGAUUGUUUGUCUCUGUCUGCCUCGCAUACCCACGCCAAAAGUCGACAUUUCGCCAAUGAAUAAUCUGCUGACGUACCCUGCAUCGUUCCUACUGGUUCAAUACGAUGAUGAUAGACUUCAGAUGCUAAAUUGGUAGGUUUGAAACUAGACAAAAGUGCAACGGUUUUUACGGGGAACAGCUCUCCUCACUCAACAGUCGACCGAAAGAUUACCGACAAGUUAUCGAGUGACCACCGACUGAUUACCGACUGAUCACUGACGGUUUAUUGAUAAGCUAAGGCGACACUUUCACAAAACAGGAUUUUUCUGUUAACUGUGCAAAAUUAUGUAAAUCAUACGCCAUGGAUUUAGGCCUUCGUGGAGAACUGUUCUUCCUUUACCGUUGCAUCAGUUAAUAAUAAUUGUGUUUUUCUCUAUGUGCGACGCAUAAAUCGAACAGUUAAGAAGCUAGACAUGUCUUUGGUUGCAAUUGGCAAAACAUUGUCAUCAAUUUUGUUAGUACCGAUUUGCUAGGCCUGCCAUUGUUCUUCUAACCCAUGUGCAAGUUGCUCAAGGCAGAAUGCAGACGGUGUGUUUCGAUUCUGAGGGAGGGCAUCUGCCCUUCCAGGGAAUCUUAAAUCAACGUCUUGAUUUUGUCUCAUACAUUACAGGUUUAUCAGUGCCUUCAAAUAGACUUUGAUGGUCAGUGGAAAAUUGAAAGCAAAAUUAAACCUUGUCUAGGCUGAAAUUUUUUCUUUCAGACGCUGCUGUAUUUGAGUAACGUACGUUUUGUUGUUUUGAACCAAUGGUGUAAGUACCAUUUUGAUAUCCCUCAUUCCGAAUGUAACCAAGCAACAAUAAUCUUCAUUCAUACCUUACAGUGUUGGUCUGGUACCGAGCGGCUCUUUUCGCACAAAAAUGAAACCAUCAGCAGACAGUGACGUAGGUAGGUACUUGAAGCAGCUUAUACAACGUGGUUUUAACUAUUUUUAGCGUCAUGGAGAAUUGCCUUCAAAUAGAGAGAAUUCUCAAAAUGAUAGUUUGGUAGUGUUAACACACAUAAGUUUGAAUAAAGCUAACUGGAUCAAGGAUCUCCCUCAUCAUCAGGAUCAUCUCUCCACCGCAGUGCAAAUAUGUGAAAUUUUCAUAUAUCUAAAAUCUUCAUUCACUUGGAUGUUUAUUUGUACCCAAUUCAUUGACCAGCUCCCAGUUGGCUUGUUAGCUCAAUUGGUAGAGCGCUGCACCGGUAUCGCAGAGGUUAUGGGUUCAAAUCCCGUACGGGCCUGAAUUUUUUUCAGGUCCUAUUUACAACUACUCGUUUCAGUAGUGUUCUUAGCUGCGAGGAUCUCCUAAUUUCAUGGAUCAAGGAUGUUAAGAAAUGACAAAGAUUGAAACGAAUGUCAAAUAACGAGCUUGAAAAUUGAGGAUGAAUUUAUCAAGAUUAACAAACCUUGUAGCUUCCGGGCAACAGGAGGUUUUUGGGAUGAAAACUUGAUCAUUUAUUUGUAUUAUUUUUAUGUUUUAUAAAUAUUUUUCUCAGGUACUGCACCCAAGAGAGCACGUUUAUCUGUAGCGAGCUACAACGCAGGCUGUCUGGGAGCCGUCUGUUAUUCGCCUUGCUGCUGUUGCAUGGUGGGUGUCACCAUGGCGGGAGAUAUUAGACUUUUAAAACUGCAUCAUCUUGGUGGUGAGUACCGAAUGAAUUGUAAUUGUCGAUAGUAAUCUGGGAUUUCUUUGCCUUUGUUUUACUUUUCUUUAUGGUUGGUUCAUUAUCAGUACCUUACCCUUUUAUAGAGGUUGACCAGUCAGAUGAAAAGUUCGAACUAAUCGAGACCAAGUAACUCACUUUAGCCCGUUGUUGAGGCCCGUUUACAUCAACUGAUUCGCAGCUCUGACUUGCUCCUUGUGCACGUGGUAUUUAUCUUUGUUCUGAUUGGCUAAUAGGGUUUGUUUGAUUUUACCAAAAACCAAGGUUUUCCAACCAUCAAUGGAAAGCUCCGUACAUAUAAGCCUGAUUCACACCUGCAAAAUGACGCUCAAGUUGAUUUUUUAACGUACCGAGUACGAAAAAUACAACGCAACGUUUUAAAGCGAGCACCAUAGACAGUUCCAACAGUUUCCAAGAGACCACUUGAAUUAAUCCAACUACAGAUUCUCUCUUACGAAAAUUAGUGUUGUUUGCUUUUAACAACGAAUUCUUUCUCUUCGAAGGCUUUACAGUUAAUUUACCUUCACUUUUAAACUGAGAGAAUCUCAAAGGAUCUCCCAAAUGACCUCUACAUGAUUUACAAUCCAUGUACCAGACCUAUGCCAUGCGGGGGAAUUUAGGCUUUUUUUCAUGUCAUUGAUUUUCAAUUUGCGAUCCAAGCUUGACGCACUAAGAGGUUAAUGUUUUUCCUUUAUUUUUUCGUUGACAGACAGUAUGGCUGGAACUCGGCUAAAACGCAGCCUGUCGGACUUGCUGCAUUACUGUUUACUUACCGGCUGGGAAUGGUGGGAUGUGCUAAUGGCGGCUCACCUUGGAACACCGCCAGGUACAUCCUCUACUUCAUUCUCCUUCUGUUACCUCUUCUCCUUCUUUCUUUUCCUCUUUACCUCUCUUUACCUCAAUAAACACAUUAAUCCGUCCAUUAAAUCGUUGGUUUGUUCCUCCAUUUCUCUGGGAUCUAUUACUGAACAGACGCACGGCAACUUGGAAUCUAUUCGUUUUAUAUAAUAAAGAAUUAAAAUAUACGGAAAAAAAAGUUUUAAUGAUGACGUCAUCUGUACAUCUGUCCUCCAAUAGAUCAUAAGCGAGAACCAAUUAGAAUGCGUGCAUAACUGAGCUUAUUAUUUAAUUAUCUAUUUACUCAUCUAUUCAUUCCGUCCGUCCUUCCUUCCAUUCUACCCUCUUUCUGUAUUCUUUUCUAAUUUCACGCGCCGAUCUGUCUACAUAGCCAUGCAUUUCUUAAUUAGUUGCAUUGCUUAUUUCUUUCCUUUGGCCAAUGUCUAUCUUUCUUCGUUAGAUACCCUUGAUGCAGUUUCAAGGCAGUUCACAGAUGAGUUCAGAAUUCAAGACAUUCCUCAGCAGCACAUUCGCAUGUCCAGGUUCCGCGCGAUCAAAGCCAGUCUGUUCAGAUGUAUGAAGGACGGAGCAGGGCAGGCAGUAGAUUGUUAUGUGUGUCAGCUUCUGGUUGCCAUAGCAGCAGCCUUAAGAUCUCUACUGAAAUCUUCACACACCGCUGCUGAACAACUUGCCAGUAAGCUGUGUUUUUUUUGUUCAAAUUACAACCCCUUCGAUCAAUAGCUAUCACGUUAGAAUAGCCAUGGUAUACAUGUGUGUCGACUGGAAAUUGCUUAAGUUUUUCCGCAGUAAUUUUGACUUCUGCGUCUGUGCCUAUUAGAGCUAAUUAUAAAUCACGUUGAAAGCAGUGUGGUACUGCGUUAGCUUUUCUCCACUACGCUCUAUGACUGCUCUCAAACGUUCGUGCCACUCACACGAAAAUCCGACAGUAAACCAAUUAUAAGAAACUUAAAAGUUUCUUGCGCUCGAGGCCGUUCUUAUGUAUUUAAAUUCAGUUUUAUUGGCUUUCUUUGAGUCAUUUUCCUUUACUCUGAUUUAUCUUGCGAUUACUUCAUUGCAGUCAGUCGAAAAGCGUUCUAAUCAGUCUACUUGAGUCAUUUUCCCAUUUUAUUGCAAAAACACUUCUUUGUCUCCAAGUCAAACGUUGUUGUGAUCUGAACUAAUUUUUGUUCUCUUCGUCUCUUUUAGAGAUUUCAUCGACCUUAGAUCUCGAAGUCGAUAAAGUCUUACAAGUGUUGGAUACAAAAGAGUUGACUCUCGAUAGCAGUAAGAGAAAUAAUCCUUUGAUAAAUGAGAAAUAACGUCUUUCUCUAAUAGGCAACAAUACUUUUCCCUUUUGAUCUGCCAGCAUUUGAUAAGCUUCCACCCACUUUUCAUACAACUCCAUUCCCAGUGAUUGACUCGAAUUGAACUGUUGCGCUUGUGGAGAUUAGCAGUAUCUAUCGAUCUCAUCCAGAAGUAACAACAUCUUGCGUUAGGAAAUAAGUUAUUGUGAGGAGCUUAUAUCAGGAGAACUAAAUAAACAAAAAGAUAGAAAAACAUCAACGAAACUUGUUGCUUUGCACGAGUUUUAGGCGCUGUAUCCAAUGUGAUACGUGUUUCAUGUUAAUGUGUUGUAGUAAAUCGAGGCUAUUUUGCAAAUGCCACACGCCAAUUCUGGCCAAAAUUUCCAUGUUCGACAAACAGUCGUCGAACGUAUGGUUUCUCCAUAGCUUAAGUUCUUUGUCACACGUGUAAUUCUUAUCUCAUCUAAUGGAAGGGCUUUCUGUUUUUAUUUUCUUGUUUUUUUGUUUUGAUUGUUCUUACAGCAACAGCGUUGUCAAUGUUCCCUCUUAUCCAAUGGUUGACUGACCUUGCUAUGUUUGUGGUGGUAGCUUACACAUCUCAGCAGAAUAAGGAGUCUGCACCAGGGGUAAGAUGAUAAUUGAGAGAUGGAGCGCAUGUCGAUUGAAUGUCGUAACGACGUCUUUGUUCGGAAAACACGUCCUCUCUCUCCCCUCAUCUCCGUCACCCGCGUUGCGAAAAAAAACGACUGCAGUUGUGAAUUUUAAGAAAAAGUUGAUUAAGGCGGAUUGUCUUGUUUGAAAUGGUUAUAAAACCCUUGUCGGAGCCGUAAGUGUUCUUUCAGAUUAAUGAAGUGAAUUUGGUGUCGAAUCUCAAGACAAAGUUAUUAUCCAAAUAAAUGUUUCUAGUAUCAUCAGGCGUUUGCUGGAGAAUGUAUUCAUGCAAGGUUCGUACGGGUCCUGAAAAACCUGGAAAGUCAUGGAAUUGAAUGAUUCGUGUUCCAGGCAUAGAAAGUCUUGGAAUUUCAGUUUGGCUCCCGGAAAAUCAUGGAAAUUGGUGGAAAACCAGCAGGCUUUCUAUGAAGUCAUAGUAAAGAAUAUCCAAAGUUAAAAAAUUAACUGACAAAUCAAAAAAUAAGAAUUAAUUUCAGUAGAAGAACUGUAAGGAGAACUUACGUGUUAAUCAUUUCUGAGAGUCAAAAGGUUUGGUCUUUCGGUACAUCUCGGACCAUUUGUUUUAUGUUUGGUGGUCCUAAAGUUUCACGUCAUGGUUACAUUUUUCCACCACUGGUAUUACAAAAAACUAUUUUUGUUCGGGCAUUAGUUUCCUCCCUCUUUUCCUUGAUGUUGGUGGUUUCAUCCUACUAAGCUUCCUCACAGCGAGUCCGUGCGAUGUCGGCACUGUGCAAGGACGCCGCGCGUUUCGCUUCACGUGUCUCCUUUUCCUCAUCUGGAGAACAAAUACUCGACAGUUUUCCAUUUUCUCUUAAGGCCCAGAGUUUUUCAACUCUCUUACACCUGACAUCAAUGGCUCUUCGUCUCUCGCGUCCUUUAGAAUAAAACUUUAAGUAACUACUAUCAAUGACUCAGUACUAAUUCCAUUACGGACUACGGACUUUUAUGAGGCUGCCAACACAUAUUUUUCCUAUAUCUGUUAUCUAUAUUUUUAUCAUGUAUUACUUGUGAGGAAACCCAAGCUUACAAACCUUAGCCCUUUCACUAGCAUCUAAUUUCUCCUUACAAUAUCGUCCCCAAAUUACACUUAAAGGUCACAAGAAAAAAGAAAAUGAUCGGCAACGAUAGAAGGUCUUGAUUGUUGAACAAAUUCUCCUUGAAAUAUAUUGAGAACAGAAUGGAGAAUAUGCAUACUGAUGUUAGGGUGUUCGCAAUUAUUGUUUUUUUGUUUUGUUUUAUUUUUUUCCUUUAUCAAUCGUUAUAAAGUGUUGUAACAUUACACAUAGUGGCGAAUAUAAUUCAAAAUAAGUAAAAUCUUCUCUUUCAUUGUGCCUGCGGAAAAAGGAAAGUGACAGGUGAUUAAAAUUUUCCAGUAAGGCUCUUAAUUAAUUUGUUAUAGGUCAGCUUGAUCCGUGACACGAGUACCCUCGGGACCUUGCGUGAAAUGCUGGUGUUGAUCCGUCUGUGGGGACAGACUACACCCGCUGUAUUGCCCUCCAUCACCCCAUCAGCAGGUAAGCUAAACAGCAUUAACAGAGAUGAAAUUCGCAAGUCUCCAUACCCUCUCACACUACUGACUUGUUAAAACGAAGCUUAUGAGGUACAUUAUGUUGGAAAUCUUUAAUUCGUUGUUAUAGUGAUGAGGAGGACACAGUUAUACUGUUAAUCGAUAAACUUAAUCUAUAUGUUAUCUAGAACUAUUAUAAGAGCUUCCUUAUCUUGGUGUUGGAUAAUGAAUAGAAAUAAUAUAUUACCGUAAGCCAUUCAGUAAAAAGAAAAUGUGAUAAGCUUGUUGAUCAUGUCCUAUUUCUUUGGCGGUCUCGCUUUAUAAAUAGAGUAAUUGUUACCUUUUCUUACUGUGAGAAAAUAGUCUAUUAACUCUGCAUAGAAAAUAGCCUUCGAAGACUGUUACACAACAAUAGGAUUAAAAAGAGAAUUUCGAGAAGAAAGGACGUACUCAAGGUACCGCACCUCACAUAGCUACGUGCUGUUCACAGAAGUAACCUGAUUAUAAUUCAGUGCGGAGGAUGAAAAGUAUAGGUUGUUUACAACGUAAGUCGCCUUAAAAGAUAGAGGCGUUGAACGUGCUAAACCAAAAAAAAAUAACAAUUAUUUUCCUGAUUGGGGGUUCGAAGUAGAAUUUACCUAAAAAACGAGCCUAAAGGAAAUCGAAGAUACGAAUAGGGGAAUUUGCAGGAAAUUUCUGUUCGUGAUUAACUUUUAUCAGAGCGAUUUACUUUCUCCUUUAUCAAGCGGAUUGACAUUAUUAAAAAAUAGCUUACUACAGCAAUCUCACCUAGGAUUAGUGAAGCUGGCUCAGUGAUUUCUAGAAAGGCUUUUGUAGUCGACACCCAGUUUACCCAGAUGAAUUAAAUGUAGACAUCACUUUUUUUCACAGACAAGAACGAAUCAUUAGCUUUGUUGUUCAAGAUCCUCACAAAGAUUUGGCUUCUAAGCAGACAAGCCAGCUCAGAUGAACCCGAUAUCCAUGUAGAUGACAGGCUGGCUGGUGAGUUGUAAAGAAGUAGCGCUGCUUUAAAUGUAAUGCUGUAUUGCCCAUUUAAUCAUAAAAAUUACUAUUUCUUUGAUUGUGAUUGGUUUAAAAAGCUCCUAUUUUCCUCUUAUUCACUUGCCAAGUUGUUUUCGAACAGCUGGUAAUCCAACAGUUCAAGAAGCCAAUCACAUUUAAGGUUGUAGUUUAAAUCAACCAAUCACAACAUAAAACAAUGUACGCCUCCUUUGCUAGUCUUGUGAUGUUAAUUUUCCCUUUCUUUUAUAACAUGGCACCUCGUGCCAUGUUUCAAUCAUUCGUAUGAUUUUAAACAAAAUUGGACUCCACUCAGUCCUAUUACCAUUACCUGUAACCUCAAAGUAUAUUUACGAAGGUGAUUAUUAUGCACUUUGCAUGCUUCAAAAACCAGAGCUAUUUCCCUUAAGAAAAGAGUACUACUGUGUAUAAUUAUUAAAUAUUUUGUGGAUAGCAUUUAAUUGGUUGAGAGUUGGGUAAUUUUUUUGAAGCCAAUCUUAAAACGAAGCAAAGGGAAUGUGAUGCAAUUUCUAUUAUUUUUGGCACCUAUUUUUUAAAAUUGUCCCAAAUCAAAUGAGCCUGCGAGCUGACCCCCGUUUUCAGCGCCUGCCGGACGCGCGUUUCUCCAUCAGUUGGAAGAUUUGAGACGAGUCGAGGAGACAUUUGCAAGGGAUCUGGGACUAAUGCUGAACACAGUGUAGACCUCUCCCCAGCCCUUGUAGUCAAGGCCUCCUACCUUCUCCUAGGGGAACAAACGCUCGUGCCAAUGCUGUUAUAAUUAUGGCUUGUUCACGGGCUAAAAUCAGAUGCGCAAGGUUUAAUAAGUUUCAAUUUUAUAAAAGUCAUGUUUACCUUUCUCUCUUUCUAUUCAGCUCCUCUUAUUCCAAAUUCAAUGUCUCUUCAAAACAUGCAGAUAGGAAAUUUGAGCAGAGGUGAGUGCAACGCAGGUUUAACCCAAAAAGCAAAAAUGAUAUCCUGGAAGAAAAUUUAUUUCAUACAUACAAAGAUUUACAUUGUGAAGCACUAUCGUUCGUGUCUCUGAUUGGACGAACGAUGCAUUUUCUCAGUCGUUCGCUUCCAAUCUUUGAAAUGUGACGGUCUUCACAGAAAAAAAAAUUUCAGUAUGUAUGGACUAAAACAUCAUACCGUUACGAUGCAUUAACAAACUUGCCCGUUCGCAACGCUCGCUCGUUCGUUUUUUUUUUUUUUUUUUCAUCUCAACUCGUGAAUAAAAAUCGUUCGUGCGCACCUUGCAUGGGAUAAUCUCUCUAUAUAUGUAUUUAUUGGGAUAAUAUAAUCUUUAUUGGGAUAAUAUUUAUUGGGAUAAUCUCUCUCUAUAUGUAUUUUUAAUACAUGCAUAGCUUUAACUUUAGCUUUAACUUGAUCACCGAAUUCAUAGCGGGAUCAUAAUGUUGUUGAUGCCAUUUCAGAGGAUAUAAAUUUAGAAAUUGAGUGGUUUUGUAUUGGUUUGGCCAGUGUUUCUCAGAAAAUGUGAGCAUGUAUCGGAAAAAACACUAGCUGUCGUUUGUUUAUAUGUCAUGAUUUAUCUCUUGAUGUUGCGAGCAAAGAUUGGUUUGAGUUAUCAGUAGGUCAAAUCAUCAAGGAUAAAUGAGAGAGAAUUAACUUUGAGUCUUCAAAAAUUUGAGUUGUUGGAAUUUCAUAGCCAGUGCUUAGGCCCUCACUAUUAUUAGCGAUGCAGGCCAGUUUCUCCACCCGCGGGAAGAUUUGAGACGUGUCAGGGUGAAGUUUGCUGGCGUUUGGAACUAAUAAUAAGGACCGCGCCGCUUGCAGAUCUUUCGCAAGCUGGCGUUGCUCAAAGCCUCGAACUUUCACUAGGGCAAAGAAACGCGCGUACUGAAGCACUGAUAAUUACGGCCUGCUUUUAGGCUAGGAACUUCAUUGUAGUUUUCUGAUACAGCAAACGCCUCGUUAGAAACUCUUAACGACUAUAUCAGGCUUGUUUAACCGGUUUUGAUUGGAGAAAGACUUGUUCGUAGGAAUUUGUUUUUACAAUUUAUACUAUGGAAUGGCGGGUGAAUCGCGAAUCCUUUGAUCUGAUAGGCUACCUAAGCGAGUAAGAUGAGCUUAGUAGUAUUGUUGAUUUGGGAGUGUCCGCGAUGUAACCGCAAAAGCGAAUCUGUCGGCCUUGAAAUGAGUCCAUUUUGUUCGCAUUAAACGGCUGGAUAAUGACCUCAUACUUAUUCAGUACGUUAGGUUCGCUGAGGUCAGUAAUGAGGUCCGUUUCAGAGUAUCCUUGCCCUCACGAUUGGUCAUUAAUGCAUAUUUUUCACUUUAGGAGUGUCCGGUAAAGCUGUAAGUGGACCAAUCCGGCCCAGUGUGUAUCAGUUCGGUUCACCGCCAGUGGCGCACCAGUAUCAUCAGAUCUUCCAUCCAUUCGCCUCAGCCAUUUUCCCGAUGCCUGCUGACGGCUCGCAUGUCAUGGAUAUCGUAAGAAGGGUCUACUUGGACAAAUCACCGGAGACAAAGUUAAAACAGUGCACCAGGUAACAAGUUCGUGUGAUGAAGGCAACCUUUUGUAUUAUAAUGAAAAAUUCUGAACUUGGAUUUGCCUAUCCAAGAUGCUAAUGCGUCAAAUGAGUCCUAUCGUGCUGUUCCCUUCUCGAAAUAAUCCAUUCUGAUCAAACUUUCGUUCUCUCAGGUGCAACUGUGUAUCCCUGGUGGAAGGGAUCAGUGACCACGCGGCAGCAAGAGCGUGGGAUCAGCGAUGGAUGAGGGCGUGUGUGUGCGGCGGUAGCUGGAGGAAGUUGCCUUACAAGGAACAACAGACUGUCGUAACGGCCGCCACUACUUCUUCUUCAUCUUCUUCCGAUGCUACAGCCUCAACCUCCGUCAGUAGUCAGUAAAAGCAUAUUUAACUCGCAGUCCGCCCUUGAACCUUAACCUUGAGUUUUAACCUUUUUUAAUCUUGAGUCUUAAGUUUCUGUGGCCUCUUGUGUAUACAUACUAACGACAACACAGCAACAACAGCAAUAACAGCUUGAUUUGUACGCCAAGAGGUUAAAAAGAGAUUAAGGAAAAUAAAAAGGAAUACAGACUGCCUGACACACAGGAGGCGAGGAGCACAGAGAGUCAAUGCAUUAUUGAUCGGUUAUGUACCUAAGGCACACACAAAGAAAAGAAAUAUAUAAA